CUAAAAAUGUGGCAUAUCUGUGUAUGUGUGAAUAUAUGAGUAAAUUUACAGACUCUGUGGUGUAUGUAAUUCCCAGUGUAGACCAAGUCAGCAGUCAGAGGAUGAGAAGUUUGUGUGGGGAGAUAGGAGAAUGCAAAAAAACAAAGCAAUAUAUCUUAUUAAAUGAACUGAAGGGAUCAAACACUAUCAGCCAACGGCUUUAAAGAGUGAGCUAAAUGUACCUCUCUGUUCUUUCCAUGUCUGCUAUCUGAUUGUAGUGAAUUCAAAUUCACUUCAGAUUAGUUGGAUUUACUAGCUUUCUUCCCUGAUAAAGCUUUUAAUAUUUAUUGAGGAAAGUUGUUUUCUUUUUCCUCCCUAAAUUAGUGCCUGCAGGAUUGAAAGAGUCUCCCAUUUCUAUUUUGGGAUUUGCCUGAGUCACAAGGUAGUCUUGGCGAAUCACUCUGCUCUAUCUUUCAGUUUACUGAGGCUGCCUGGGAACUUGAAUUGUCAGCCAAACAGGAAGAGGGCCCUUCUGCCUAACUCCAAAAGGCCUAAGUCAUAUGGAUGUGGUGAGAUUUAAUGAUGGAUAUAAAUCAUAGCAAAUGGAUUUCCCACAGGAUGGGGGGGGGAGGGAAGCAAACAUUUUACUUGACUUCCUCUAUCCAAAUUCAGGGCUGGCAGAGAGGGCAGACUAUUACAAUUUAGCUGAGCAAAUUUUCCAAUGUUUAAAUAACAUGUAUUUUCAACAAAAGAUACCCCCCUUCUGUAUUCCCACUGUAUAUGAGUGACACCCCAAACCUCAAAUAUAAGAAAUGUAACUAAUCUGACCCUGGCAAAGUUACAGUUUGUUGUGUUUUUUUUUAAAGGGUCAGUGUUCAUAAAUGUGUAUAACCACAAAGGCCCUUUUUCUUUUUCAAGGAUAGGUAUAAAGUGUUUCUUCCACCCAGAUACUCUUAUUUAUCUAAGUGGUCUUGAAUUCCUCAUGGUUGUGCAGCUAGCUUCUCCCUAAAUUGUUCUGUGCCUUAGCACUUAUAAUUUCCCCCCACGAUGGCUCUUGACAGAAUUAUUCUUUCUCUACUCACAUAAAUGAAAAUAGAAGAGAUGAAAAGCCCUCGGGAUGCAGCUGUGCAGGUGUCAAACUAAUCCGCUGCUAAGAAGGACCUGAACCUCUCUGUUUCUCUUUACUUGGCUGAGUUCUGCUCUUGGCUCAGGGUUAGUGCUCUUGCAUGGCAUAGGAGGCUUAGGACCCAGGGGGCGCCUUUCAGCUGAAAAACACCUCUCGCUGCAGCAAGCUAGCUGGGAAGCUCCCAGUUCUAAAGAGAGGCUGUUUACCAGAAGAGCAUAACAAGGGCAGGUCUGACUGCGAAGCUGGGGCUGGGAGGCAGAGCCGCCGCCAAGGGGACCCUGGUUGGACACUAGUUGUUCGAUCGCCUGCAGGAGGAAGGAGGCGAGGAUGCUGUUGGCCUGGGUACAAACAUUGCUCCUCAGCAACAUGCUUCUAGCAGAAGCCUAUGGAUCUGGAGGCUGCUUCUGGGACAACGGCCACCUGUACCGGGCGGACCAGCCCUCGCCUGCGCCGGGCCUCCUCUGCCUCAACUGGCCGGACGCACAGAGCGGCCUGGCGUCGGUCCCCGAGUCGGGCGCGGGCAACCACAACUACUGCCGAAACCCUGACCGGGACCCGCGCGGGCCCUGGUGCUACGUCAGUAGCGAGGCUGGCGUCCCUGAGAAGCGGCCUUGCGAGGACCUGCGCUGCCCAGAGACCACUUCCCAGGCCCCGCCAUCCUCCACAGUAGAAACUGAGGAGGCAUCUGAAGUGCCAGGUGAAGAUGAGGUGGAGGUGUUCGCCCCAGCCAACGCGCUGCCCGCCCGGAGUGAGGCGGCAGCUGUGCAGCCAGUGAUUGGGAUCAGCCAGCGCGUACGGAUGAAUGCCAAGGAGAAAAAGGACCUGGGAACUCUGGGCUAUGUGCUGGGCAUUACCAUGAUGGUGAUCAUCAUUGCCAUCGGAGCUGGCAUCAUCUUGGGCUACACCUACAAGAGGGGGAAGGAUUUGAAAGAGCAGCAUGAGCAGAAAGUAUGUGAGAGGGAGAUGCAGCGGAUCACCCUUCCCUUGUCUGCCUUCUCCAACCCCAGCUGUGAGAUCAUGGAUGAGAAGACUGUCGUGGUCCACGCGAGCCAGACUCCAGUCGACCCUCAGGAGGGCAGCAUCCCCCUCAUGGACCAGGCCGGCACUCCCGGGGCCUGAGCCGCGCCUGUGGGCAGGAGCCCAUGCAGACACUGGUGCAGGACAGCCCACCCUCCUACAGCUGGGAGGAUCUACACUUUGUGUUAUGGUUAAAACCCUACCCCCACUUUUUUUUUUUCUGGGUGAAUCCUAAUAACAGAAGCAGGUGGCGCUGUGGGCUAAGGGCAAGGCUGGGUAGGCUCCUAACAGUGCUCUUCCAUCCCUUGGAGCAGGAUUUUGCUGGUGGAUGGAGACAGCAGCAGCUCCCCCUGCGGUGCUGCAGGCAGGGGCUUCCAAACGUUGCCUGUUUCCUUGGAACUGAACCAGGGACAGACAGGGAGCUCCCCAGGCUCCUCUGUGCUUUACUAAGAUGGCCUCAGUCUCCGUGGUGGGCUUUAGUGGCCUGCACUGUUAUUCAUAGAUAAGGUCAAACAGGUCAAGUGGCAGCAUUGAAAAAAUACAUUUAGUUUUAAAAAGUAUUUGGGAUGGAACUCCCUACUGACCUCUGAAAACCAGAAAUGAGUUUGUGCAGAA